GCAACAUUCGGCUGUCUGUUCUACGUGCUCGUUUUAGUUUUACAGGGUUUGAUGGCCUGCAGUGACCUUUGACCUCUUUAAUAUUGUUUCGUUCCCCAGCCAUUUUAUAAACAACAGAAAUUGUCAGAGAAAGGACUUCCUGAACAGUUAGCGUGAGAUAGUGAGAUAACAACCACAGGAACCGCCACAGGGAGCACAACUUUAAAGUCUGCGACUGUCAUUACUGUGAGAAACAGGAAGGAGAAAUACCGAGAAGCAUGAUGGCUGAAUUCAGAUGGAUUCACAUGUUUUUAUCAGUGAUACUAAUGCUUCAAUUAACAGGAACACUAAGUGGAGAUCUUUCACUCUCCUUCACUGUCAGAGAUGGAGAUAAAGUCACUUUGCCUUGUGAAAAUGUGAUGAAGAAUCAUCACAACUGUAACGCUAUCAACUGGCUCUUCAUUGAAUCAAGAAGCACACCAGCAGUAGAGCUGGUUAAUCAUGGACAGAUCAAAGAAAAGGCCAAAUCAGACAGACUGAGUGUUAGAGCAGAAUGCUCACUGGUUAUAAAGAAGGUCACAGCUGAGGAUGUUGGUCGUUACACCUGCAGACAGUUUAGAGGCAAUCCAGGGAGACAGCAAGGUCCAGAUGCUGUGGUUUAUCUGUCUGAUGUCAUCAUGACUGAACAGAAGAACACUGAUCAAGUGACUUUAAACUGCUCUGUGUGGACAUAUGAACGGUGUAAACACAAACUGAAGUGGAUCCAUGACAGUGGAGGUCUGAAUAGAGAUUACUCAAAUUUAAAAACAUUACAGUCGUCCUGCUCUGCUGCUGUUACUUUUAUAAAGUCAUCAUACAGUCACAUAUCUAACUCUGACUUUAAGUGUAGCGUAACAACAGAAGAAAACAAAGAGCAGCUUUGUACCUUCAGGCCUCAGUCAUCAGAUACAGUAACAUCAGCAACAACAAGAACAACAAGAACAUCAAGAACAUCAAGAACAACAUCACAGACUGAUGACCCAGGUGCAGCUCUGGUGUGGCCGUACAUCCUCGUGGCUGUUAUUUCAGCAGCACUUUUAAUCUUUGCUGUGAAACUGAUUGUACUGAAGAGAGGGACCAAAACACAAGCCAAUGAAAAUGCAGAUCAUGAAGAUGGUGUUUCCUACAUCUCCAUCAGCUACACCAACAAGGCUAACAGUGAAAAUAAAGUUCGGGAUAAAUGUGAGAGUGAUGAGACAGUUACCUACUCCACUGUGAAAGCUUCCUCCACAGAUCCCAGCAGCCUCUAUGCUACCAUAGAGUAAACAAAAAGGAAACUUAAUCAUCAGGUCAUUGCUUCUGUGAAAAAGCUUCGUCCCUAUAAGAAUUAUCGGUUUGCUCAGUUUAAAAGGAGGAAGCAGUUGUGUGAGUGCUUAAAGAGCAGAAUUUGUAACAUUUGAAAGGCUUUCAGUUUUAUUUUAUCUUUUGUUCAAAGUUUUGAAAUGAUGUACAUAGAUGUGUUUAUUUUGCUAUUUGCCUGUAAAUUUUCUAAAACUGCAGUAAUUUACAAGUUUAGUUUCAUUUUUUCCAUAAACAAUUAUUCAAACAUUUGUGUCUCAUUGCUCUAAGCAUCAAAAGCAGGAUUAAAUGGAAUCAGGCAUCAGAGUGGGAGGAUAUGUCUUUACCUGUAUGAAAAACACAAUUUUACAUGAAUGAAUGAGAAAGUUUUAUUAUGUUGGUUGCAUUUCUCUACUGACAACAAACCUUCCCUCUGGUGAGCAGGUUUUUUCACAAAGGGCUUAAACUUAUCUAAAUGAAGAAAUUCAGUUCAAGACACCUGAGAUUGAUCAUAAAUCAGGACACAUACAUAUGAGAGUUAAAGUGAAAGGAGACAAUAUCCACUGCAAGUUUAGAAUAUCUAAAGGACACACAGGCUACACACACAGUGACAUUAAACUGCUCUGUGUCCACAUAUGAAGAAUACAAAUACACUGUGAAAUGACUAUAUAACAAUGACAAUGGCGUGUGGAUAUCACAGUCUACCUGCUCAGCUAGU